AUGGUGUCCAAUGAAGAAAAGGCUGUUGAUUCUCCUCUGUCUCUAAUGGUACCUUCUGUGAUCACUGAUGUCACAACUGUGGAAUAUGUGAUUGUACUGCUGCUGCCCAGUGUGGAUUCUGAAUCAGUGUUGAUAAUUGUGUUCCCUGGUGAAGACUCAGAAGUGGUGUGGUUACUCCUUGCGAUGCCAGAGGACGAAGAAGACGAUGAAAGACAGUCGCUCGUUGUGUUUGGCCGAGAUAUCGCGAAAAUCCCAUGUUUCCGAAGCUCGAUCCUCUAUGGACUCGGAGGCGGCGUGAGUGGCGGCCUUGUCUGUUUUUUGAUGACCAGUAGACCUCAAUUUUCCUCUAGAAUCGGAAUGUUGUGUCUCGUCGCAGUAACCGUAGGCUAUUGGACUCGAUGUCGGUACGAAUAUUCGAAGAAUCGACAGCUCCAUCAUCAAUUGGAAGCCGCGGCUCGUCGAAAAGCUUUGUUGCAAGGCACCGAGGAGGAGAAGCGAAUUCUAGAUUUUAAAGACGCGUGAUUCCUCGAAUCGAAAGUUGAUCAAGUGCAGUUCAAAUAGCUCAGGGUUUACAUACUUUCCUUCUG